GGAGAACCGUAUUUUUAUUUUCAAUUGUUUGUAGAUCCGAGAGAAAAAGGAGUGACCUAUGGCGUUGUUCUAGAGUCUACAUGCCAUACUUUAUGCCUUUUUUUUUUAAAAAAAAACAAAGCCAAGUUCCACAAAUGUUAGCAUGAACACCCAAUGCUUAAUCGUCGCAUUUUCUUUUGUAUAUAUGUGUGACAUAGUGACUCAUUGAAAGCAUAUGACUCCUUUCUUUUCAUCAAGUACAAGCUUCUCUUGGUUAUUUUUGAUAAAAACAAACAAGAUAUUUUUUUAUGAUAGAAAUUCAAUAUCACUAGCCAUUCAUUGUCUACAACUUAGAGUUGACAUCAGACUAAUUAGGUAAGCGAACAUUCAAUUGUAAUCCAGAAUAAGAAACAAUGUUUUGCCCUUGUUUUUUUAUUCUUUUCUUCUUCUUCUUUUAUAAACAAUGGAAACAGCAGUAAGAAAAGCAACUCGACUUGAUUAUAACCCCCUAAACAAAAGCAUUUAUCAAUUUUACUUACUCUUAUUAGCAUUAAUCAGGUUAACUUUUGAAAGUCCUGGUAACGCAGCAACCAUUGUUGACUUGUUAAAGGAUAGACUGAGAGAAAACUCUUGGAUCAUCAUAUUUAAAUCACUUAUCACGAUCCAUACCUUGAUGAGACUCGGGAAUGGUGAAAAAGUAAUAAGCUAUGUAGAGACACAACCAUCAGCUUUAGAUACUAGUAAACUUAGAGAGAAAUCUUCAGGCGUUGUCCAUAUUCAAAAUAUUUAUCUGUAUACUGCUUAUUUGGAGCAAAAAGUGAUUGCAUAUCGACAGUUACGAUACGACUACGUCAAAAACACAAUAGGCACCAAAGAGAGUAGACUAAGACAUUUACCAGUCAAUGAAGGCCUAUUAAAAGAAACUGUUAUACUUCAAAAGCAAAUAGGCACUUUAUUAAAAUGCAAUUUUAUUUUGGACGAUGUAGACAACAAUAUUAGUAUUUAUGCUUUUCGUUUAUUAGUCGAAGAUUUGCUUGUCUUAUUCCAAGUCAUGAAUGAGUCUAUUGUGAAUAUAUUAGAGCAUUAUUUUACUAUGGAAAAGCCUGAUGCUCGAACAAGCUUAGAGAUUUACAAACGAUUUGCGCGGCAAACACAGGAUACAACCUCAUUCUUGGAAAGAGCACGAAAACUACAGCACGAAUUGCGCAUUGCUGUUCCAUCUGUUAAACAUGCAAGUGCACCUUUGUCCUUAGCUGCAGCACUUCAAGAAUAUCUUGAUCAAGACAAAAACAGCAAACCACCAGUCGAACCCCCUGUUAAUAUUGUCUAUGCACCGCCACCACCACCACCGCAGCAACCAUUAAGCGAUCCAUUUGCUCCUUUGACAGAUCCACAACCACGACCAAAAGAAUUGGUUGACUUCUUUGCAAGUCUUGAAAAUGAGACAGUCAAUAUUUUUUAUAAUCCAAUUGUUCAACAGCAACCAAUGCUUCCUCCCCCUACACCUGUGACAGGUCAUAAUCCUUUUCGAACAGAAUCCAUGAACAUUGUACCUCAACCAUCAUUAUCGAUUACAUAUGGCAAUUCAAAUCCUUUUAGAGCUAACACAAUGCCUCAAGCAAGCAAUUCAACACCUUUAACUUAUUUUGGGGACACAGCUGGUUUUACUCAAGUAAAUAACAACAAUCCGUUCACUUCGAGCAACAAUAUGAUGGUAAUAUCACCUAGUGUUGUGCCUAGCCAUAAUCCAUUUAGUAACCAUACAACCAAGCAACCUUGGGGUUAAUAAAAAUAAAAAAAGAUGUACAUAAGCCACA